AUGGAGGGAUAUUUGAAGUGGGGUGGGAUUAUUAUGGUUGGGGGGGUUGGAGUGAAGAAGGAUAUAUUGGGAGGAUUAGGUGUUGUUGUUGGUUUGUUUGGUGUUUGGGGUGUUGUCGUUUGUUUGUGUGGUUGUUUGGGUGUUUGUAUGUUUGUUGUGUGGAUGUUUGUGUUUGUUGUUUUUUUUGGGUGUGUGGUGUUUGUUAAGUUUUUUUUGGUGUUGUGUGGGGUGGGAUUGGUUUGGGAUGUGAUAGGGUUUGUGGGUGGUGGGUGGGGAAUUUUGGUUUGGGUGGGUUGUUGUUGUGAAGGUGGGGGGGGGGGGGGGGGUAUUGGGGGUGGGGGGGGGGGGGGGGGGGGGGGGGGGGGGGGGGGGGGGUUUGGGGUGGGGGGGGUUGUGUGUGUGGGUGGGGGGGGGGGGGUUUGGUGGGUAUGGGGGGGUGGGGGGGGGGGGGUGGUUGAUUGGGGGGGGGUUGGUUGGGGGUUGUUGAGGGGGGGUGGUUGUUGA